AUGGACACUCUAUCAUCGUAUGCGGCCAAAUCGCCGUCGAUCGUAUCGCCGUUCCUUACCUACUUCUCGAGAACCAAUGGGAAUAACUAUGCCUUCGUUGCCUUGUUUGCGCUGCUGGCACUACUUGCCGUGUUCUUCGUGGCGCGUAGCUGGGGCCGGUUCCGCCCCAACGUACCCUUCGCUCUCGAGGACGAGUUCCCCAGUCGGAAAGAAAGGGUACAGCAAUAUGUGCGGAAUUCUCGAGAAGUUCUAGCCAAAGGGUAUUCCAAGUUCACUCUUGAACGGUACACCAAAGUUGGUGCCCUGCCAGCCUGGUCAAUCAAGCUGUUCUCGGCAAAGUUCAAUCCAGCCUUGGUAGAUUCCUACGCUGAGAUAUUCCAGAACAUGGUUGGCGAACACAUUGCGAACCUGUUACCUCCGGCUCACGAAAAAGACUGGGCCUCCAUAAAUGUGUGGUCAUCCAUCAUUCCCCUCAUAACGAAAUCAAACGUUCGAGGCUUUCUCGGUUCCGAUGCCGCCAAGGAUGAUGUCUUCCUUGAUAUUGCAGGCACAUUCAUCAUCAACCAAAUUGUCUACUCGAUAGGUGCAAAGCAGUGGCCGUCGUUUCUCUUGCCAAUCGUACACAAGUACCUCCCUGGUUUCCCAGGUCUCGCCGAACAGUACAGCAACGGCGCAAAGGUGGUCUUGAGGCAGAUGAAAAACAAGAAGGCCAAUGGUCUCAAACCUCUGUCCGAUCCCCCAAGCGUCUUCGAUUACGUCAAUGACGACGGUCAGUAUCUGGACGAUUUGCAACUUCAAAUGAAUAUCCAAAUGCCUCUGUGUGCUGCAAGCAUCCACACUACAACAUCAACAGUCGUUCAAUGUCUUUACGACCUGGCCAGUCGCCCAGAAUAUCUGCCAGCUCUCCGCCAGGAAAUACAAGAGGUCACAAAUGAGCAUGGAGAUAUACUUACAAGACGCGUAGCUUCCAAAUUGGAAAAGAUGGACAGCUUCAUUAAGGAAGUACAGCGUUUUUGCUCUCCUGACUUGACGACGUUCCAGCGCAAAGCCACCGGCCCGGUCACUCUGUCUAAUGGUUUUCACCUCCCAAAGGGUGCAAGAAUUGAGGUUGCCACCGGUGCCAUCAAUGCUGAUGCCGCGCUCUACAACAAUCCCUCGGAGUUUGACGGCUUGCGAUUCUACAAGAAGCGACAAACAGAGGAAGCCCGUUCAAAGUAUCAAGUUUUGAGUGUAAGCAAAGAGGAUUUAGUUUGGGGCUAUGGGCGAGCCGCAUGCCCCGGGAGGUUCCUCGCCGACAUGCUGAUCAAGAUGAUCCUCGUGGAAAUCUUGAAGCGAUACGAUAUCAAGAUGCCCGACGGUCAAGGCAGGUAUGAGAACAUGGAGGUUCAAGGCCAGACAUUGCCAAAUGAACAGGGCGAGAUUUUGAUACGGGAGAGGGAUUAG